AUUUAAUUUAAUUUGCCCCAUUUGAAACAUAUUAGAAAGUUGGUAAGCGUACGAGGCUUCUGGAAUUGUUUGCAGUUGGAUCAGAUCCUCCGUACGCAACCACGAAGCAAGGAAUUGAAUUUCACAGAUUUGAGAAGCUGAAUCACGAAAUCAGCAACUGAACUCUACAAACAACUCUAACUUGUUUACUUUGGUGCAUGCCACGACCCAGAAACAUGCGUCCCAAUAUCGUUUCUGAGGCUGGGGUUUCUACUAGGUUGAAUCAAUAUUGGGAAAGCAUUCCGUUCCUCACUUCUGCUAUUGUGGUUCUUUGUGGAAUUAUUUACUUGGUUUGUUUAUUGGUUGGAUAUGAUUCAUUUGCUGAGGUAUGCUUUUUGCCGUCUGCUGUUGUAUCACGUUUUCAAGUUUACAGGAUUUAUACCUCCAUUCUUUUUCAUGGUUCGCUGCUUCAUGUUCUCUUCAACAUGAUGGCCUUAGUUCCCAUGGGAUCUGAGAUGGAGAGGGUCAUGGGUUCAGUUCGCCUGCUAUAUGUCACGAUUUUGUUGGCCACGAGCAAUGCUAUAUUCCACAUUCUCGUAGCACUGCUGGUGGCACACAAUCCUAUUCAAUCGUCAGAAUACUUCAUGAAUGAGUGUGCUAUAGGCUUCUCGGGAGUUCUGUUUUCCAUGAUUGUUAUUGAGACAAGCCUGAGUGGAGCUCAAUCUCGGAGUGUUUUUGGCUUGUUUAACGUCCCGGCAAAAUGGUAUCCAUUCCUUUUGCUAGUGGUGUUCCAGCUUCUCAUGGAGAAUGUCUCACUUCUUGGACACCUUUGUGGCAUUAUAUCUGGGUUUGCAUAUACAUAUGGCUUGUUCAAUAUCCUAAUACCUGGGACAUCUUUUUAUUCUUCCAUUGAAGCUUCAUCCUUGCUUUCAUCGUGUGUGAGACGUCCUAAAUUUAUUGUUUGCACUGGUGGAAAUACUUCGGGUUAUAUACCUACACAUACAAGCCGAAAUUCAACUUCUGGUGGAAUACUUUCUGGAAAUGUUUGGAGAAACCUAUCAUCAUUGAUGCCGCAAAGAGAAGUGUCUGCCGCACAGCCAACUGAGGACAGUAGGUUCCCUGGGAGGGGAAGGACCCUUGGUUCUGGUCAAGGUCAAGCAGCUUCUGCUCUAAAUUCAGAUUCAAGUCUUCAAGCUAGACUCUUGGAUAAUAGCAGCCCUGAUCAACCUUUAGACUCAUCUGCUCACAGCACUGCUCAACAGUUAUCAGGAGGAAGGAAUUCAGCUGGUAAUGUAGCAACAGUGGCUGCUAAUGUUCCACAGCAUCAGGGUGCAACUGCUUCAGAAGAGGAGAUUAAGAAACUGGUAUCAAUGGGCUUUGACAGGACACAGGUGGAGGUAGCACUGGCAGCUGCUGAAGGUGAUCUUAAUGUGGCAGUGGAAAUACUAAUGAGCCAGCAGGGUUAAAAUUGCAAGGCUGUUUAUGUUGGAUUCUGAGAUUUGGCUAACACUGUUAAUUGAUUAUCUUACUUAUCUCUUUUCAUUUCAAACACUCUGUGUAAUCAUGGACUCUACGACCACUAACACCACUGAAAAUCAUGCUAACACCAAUCAGCGGAGUUGAACAUAUGUAGACAGUAUACAAAUGUUGGAUAUGAUGUUUUCCUUCAAGAGAAGAUUGUUUAUAGCCAAAUUAUGAGCCA